CAAUGGGAUGAGGCGGUGGGCGGGCCUUGAGAGGAGGCGGAGUCUCCGUCGAUGGCUACGGGAAGCGCAGCUGCAUGAGCGAUGAUCUCUCAUUGAGCCCGCACUCGCUCCGUGUUUUUACCGCCACGGUUUCCCCCCGGAACGGCACCUGUUCCCGCGAGCGCCGCUCACGGAAGAUCCCCGAGGGGAGGAGAGCGAGGACCGCGGGGCCUCGUGCGGGCGGCGGAUAGCCAGGCAGGCCAGGAACGCCCGAAUCCGGUUUGAUGCUGGCGGCCCGUCCGCCCUUUAAACGCGGAUGCUGCUGCAUUCAUAAGGGAUCGCCGGAAAAAUUCGGACUCGACGUCCUCUGUUUUUGCAUUCGACGCCGAUCGGCAAACCGCAUUCGCUCGGACGGACCGUGAGAGGCGCGGCAGACACGGCAGCAUCCUUCCGUACCUGCGGUUCCCCAGCGCCUGAUAGGCCCAGAGUCAUGGGCAACACGCCGGCCGCCAAACGGGGCAACGAGAUGGAAAGCGUCAAAGAGUUUCUGGCCUUCGCCAAAGAAGAUUUCCUCAGGAAAUGGGAGAGUCCUGCACAGAAUACAGCAUGUUUGGAGGACUUUGACCGGUUGAAAACUCUGGGCACAGGUUCAUUUGGCCGGGUGAUGUUGGUCAGACACAGAGAGACCGGGCAGCACUACGCCAUGAAGAUUCUCAACAAACAGAAGGUGGUGAAACUGAAGCAAAUCGAACACACUCUGAACGAGAAGAGGAUACUACAGGCCGUCAGCUUCCCUUUCUUAGUUCGGCUUGAAUACUCCUUCAAGGAUAAUACUAAUCUCUACAUGGUGAUGCAGUACGUCCAGGGAGGAGAGAUGUUUUCACACCUGCGUAGAAUCGGCAGGUUCAGUGAACCUCAUGCACGGUUCUAUGCUUCACAAAUAGUUCUGACAUUUGAAUAUCUGCAUGCGCUUGACCUGAUCUACAGAGACCUUAAACCAGAGAACCUCCUCAUAGAUCAGCAGGGCUAUAUCCAGGUGACAGAUUUUGGUUUUGCCAAGCGAGUCAAGGGUCGCACGUGGACGUUGUGUGGCACACCCGAGUACCUCGCUCCAGAGAUUAUCCUCAGCAAGGGUUAUAAUAAGGCUGUGGACUGGUGGGCUCUUGGUGUGCUCAUGUACGAGAUGGCUGCCGGUUACCCUCCAUUUUUUGCAGAUCAACCCAUUCAGAUCUAUGAAAAGAUAGUCUCAGGAAAGGUACGAUUCCCAUCUCACUUCAGUUCUGACCUGAAGGACCUGCUGAGAAACCUGCUGCAGGUGGACCUGACAAAACGCUACGGCAACCUUAAAAACGGAGUUAAUGACAUCAAAGGACACAAGUGGUUCUCCACUACUGACUGGAUAGCCAUUUACCAACGACGGGUGGAGGCCCCAUUUGUGCCUAAAUGCAGAGGUCCAGGGGAUACCAGCAACUUUGAUGACUACGAGGAAGAAGAGAUCCGCGUGUCGUUCACGGAGAAGUGUGGGAAAGAAUUUGCCGAGUUUUAGAGGAAGAGGUGAUAAAAACAGUCAGAAUGAGAGAGAGAGAGAAAAUAAUAUAGGUGGAGAGAGAAAGAGAGCGAGACAGAAAGUGCAUGAAUCUUUAAACGAUCCUUCCUCCUGAUAAACAGCAGAGAAAGCAGCAGAAGUGCAGAGAAGACCUCCAGGGAUAAACAGUGAGGCCUUUAUCAUCUCCUCUAUUUUAAUCACGUUUGUAAUUUUCUCUUUUUUUUAAACUUCUGUUCAUGUGAUAUUAAUCAUGAUUGAUUCAUAGGAUGUAUAAAUGUUGGCCAGUGGACUGGAAUGAUUGUUACUGCACAAAGAGACAUGGGUUAGUUAUUGUCUAUACAGAGAUCUUGAGGAGUCAAGAUAUCCACUAGGUCACCGUUAAAAAGACAAAAAAAAAGAGAUUCCUGUGUAAUAACCGAAAUAUUUUUGGUCCUGUAUACUGUCAUGUGUUUCUUUUAUUCUUAACAAUGCACUGAAGGGAUGACAAAGUGAAAGUGGCAAAGAGAAAUGAAGCCAUGAUUUCAUGAUUCAAGCACCUCUUUUAAGUUUUAUUUCCUCCUUUUGGCCGUAGGUCCACCACUCUCUGUAAAAUAUUCACUGAUGAACUUUGAACUUUCACCUAUGAAAUGUGCCAUGAAAUCCUACAAGUGUCAAUAUUUUGACUCAUCAGUUGUUUUAUUGAUUAGCUGACCGAUAGCAUGAGCCCGAAAGGCUGCUGUGCGUAGACUGACACGUGCAUAAGAGGGAAUGAAUAUUUUUGUUUAGUUUCAUUGUUAUAACUAUAAUUGUUACGGUUGUCGGCGGGUUACAUUUACGAUAGCUGACAAAACUGCACACGCUUCGUGCGUUAUUCACACUGGGAAGCCUUGCGGUCGACUCGCAGCCGCCUUGCUCUUUAGUUUCGCCAUCCCCCCUUCCAUUUCUGCAUUUUUAAAUAGGUAAAGUCUUCUCUCUGAAUGGGCGCAGUGCAUCUUGCUCCUUUUUGGGUGAGAAUGUCUUACACGCAAGUCUUUAACUCUCUAGGCUACAAAAAUCUCCAGAGCUGGAGAAGAACUCAGUGGAUACCAGUACUUACUCCUGAGGACAUGGUUCAAGUCAAUUGUGAUAUUUUGCACCACAAGAAUCAUUCCAAUAAAGUAUUACUAUAAAUACCAAA